AAUGCCUGGGGGGAAGGCACAGAACGACCUUUGACUCUCCCGAAUCCUUUGGAAGUUGUGGCGGUGAGGCGUGGACGUAGAUGCAUUUUGAUUACUACGAGAUUGGACAAGAGAGAAAGUGGGUACAGAAGGAUUAUACUCACGAAGUAGGAUAAGAAUUGAUGUGCAAACAACACACAAAAGGGGACAGUAUGCACUGUUUUAGUCUUUGUCUGCCAAUAAAAGUAUUAGAAAAAUACUGUCUGCUUUAAAAUGGAUAUUGCCUCAAUAGCGCUGCGGCUGUGCUCAGAGACACCAUCAUGGGGAACAACGCAUGGGGCAAUCCUUCUCUCCACCAUUCUCUAUGGUCGGGCCACAUUUCCGGCCUGCCGCUUACACUCAUCCAGUCCUCCCAGAUCCAAACACGUCCCCGGGGUUGGGGCCAGGGGAUGUUUCUAGAAACGGUCCGGUGGCACUUCCCAAAUGGCGCCCUACAGGCGUCAUCAAGGGCCCUGUCAACGAAGUAAGGCUGUGUAGGGACUAGGGCUCCAUUGGGGACACGCGCCGUUUUAAAACGGUAGACAAUGUCGGGAAGCAGAACCCCCCCCCACCCCUCCUCAAUUCUACCAGAUGCACAGGAUAUUCCACUCUUUGUUUGUGAGAGAAACCCUUCGGACUCAGAAUGUUGGUCCGACACAGACCAGGGAGCUGAGAGAUCCUCACUGGGGUGAUAUUUGGUGAAGAAAUCAGCGGGGGAGGAACACAGAACCAUGGCUGAAGUUAUUCCACUCGGAGAGACGGGAGUGAAAUCGCCUCAUUCGGAUGGGAGUGUUUCAGCUAACCAUGACGGGCCUAGUUCGUCCACCGAGCUGAGGAUCGUUCUGCUGGGGAAGACCGGAGCAGGAAAGAGUGCCACCGGAAACACCAUCCUGGGGAGGGACGUAUUUCAAGUGGACUCCUCACCUUCGUCGGUGACGGGACAGUGCGAGAGACAGAGCGGAGAGGUCAACGGGACCAGGGUCCACGUCGUCGACACGCCCGGCCUCUUCGACACGGCCAGGUCGGAGGAGGAGGUGAAGGAGAAAAUAGAGGAGUGCGUCAGAAUGUCCGUGCCGGGCCCCCACGCGUUCCUCCUGGUGAUCAGGCUGGGCGUGAGGUUCACCGAGGAGGAGAGGAACGCGGUCAGGUGGAUCCAGGAGAACUUUGGGGAGGACGCCUCCAUGUACACCCUCCUGCUGUUCACCUGUAAGGAUCAGCUGAAGGGGAAACAGGUGUCGGACUCCCUGAAGAUGUGCAAGGAGCUGCGGAGGCUCUCUAUCACCCUGGGGGGGGGGUAUCACUCCUUCGAUAACGACGCCAAGGACGACCCCGCCCAGGUCGCGGAGCUCCUGGAGAAGAUCAAGAACAUGGUGGAGCUGAAUGGCGGGCAGCACUACACUAACGAGAUGUACGAGCAGGCCCAGCAGAAGAUCAGGGAAGAAGAGGAGCGGAGGCGGGAGGAGGAGAAACAAAGGAGGGAGGAGGAGGAGAGGAGGUUAAAAGAAGAGGUGAAGGUAGAGAUGGAGAAGGAGAAGGAGCAGGAGGAGAAAGUGAUGGUGGGGAAGAAGACCAACCUGUGCAUCGCCGUGGCGGUGACGGUGGUGUGUCUACUGGUGGGCGUGGUCAUAGCCGCGGCGGCAGACACCACGGUGGCGCUGUCACUAGCCCCUAUCUUCCUGGUCCUGGCAGCGGCCAGCGGGACAGCCGCCAUCUGCCUCAAGAAAGGACGAUGUGGAGCCAAAAAGCCCGAGUGUGUCGCCGUGUGACACGCCAGAUCUGCCAGAGAAAAGUGGGCGUUUAUGCAGGCAGCUCUGUACUGAUUGGUUCCCCGAUUGGUUCUCUCGCCAGUGAUUGGACCGGCUGUGAAACGGGGCCGGGGCGGCCCAAUGCGGGUCUGGCGGUUGGUUUCAGAGAUCGAUGGAUGGUUUAGUUUAAAUGGUUUUUAAUGUUUCUUUCCACACGUUUCCACAUUUUAUGGUUUUUCAUGACGUUGAAAAUACACUAUUGAACUAUUUCCUAAAUCCUCUCCCUUAACUUUUUUCUAUUUUGGGGCGAGGGGUGCAAUUAUGUAUUUAUUUCAUAUGUUCAGUGAUAACAUUUAUGAAUGUACCCGAAUGACUCAAUAAAGUGAAGUAAAGGCUAAAACUGA